UCGAGCACCAGCAGAUGGCGGUUUCCCACAGCAGCUAGAGAUCACAGGGGUACCGCGGAGCGCGCGCGAGCGAGUUGGACUUGACGCGAAGCAGCCGAACGGAGUCUGACCCGGUUGUGGGAACCGAACACCAUAUAGGCGGUAAAUAAAAAACGGAAACCGGAGAAACACCGAGUUCUGGAAGCUGGAGUGACUCUGUCCGAGGAGAAGGGGACGGAAAAGAAGGAGCCGUUUGAAUUGAAGGUGCCGACCUCUCAUCAUGCAGCACUACGGGGUGAACGGCUACUCUCUGCACGCCAUGAACUCCCUGAGCGCCAUGUACAACCUGCACCAGCAGGCCGCUCAACAGGCGCAGCACGCGCCCGACUACCGGCCUUCCGUGCACGCGCUCACACUGGCCGAAAGACUAGCUGGCUGCACGUUUCAAGACAUCAUCUUGGAGGCUCGCUACGGCUCACAGCACCGCAAACAGCGCCGGAGCCGCACAGCUUUCACCGCUCAGCAGCUGGAGGCUCUGGAGAAGACGUUCCAGAAGACCCACUACCCGGACGUGGUGAUGAGGGAGCGCCUUGCCAUGUGCACCAACCUGCCGGAGGCCCGGGUGCAGGUUUGGUUCAAAAACCGCAGAGCAAAGUUCCGGAAGAAGCAGCGCAGCCUGCAGAAGGAGCAGCUUCAGAAGCAGAAGGAUGUGUCCGGGGAAGGAGGAAGUGAGAAGGAGGAAGCUGCUCCUCCUCCUGCCACCGUCCUUCCUGACAUCCAGCUCCCUCCAUCAUCCUCCUCUCCCUCCUCCUCCUCCCUGGAAACAGACCUUCCUCUGGUCCGCCACGUUCCUCUGGACAUGGAGCUGAACGUGACCUCGGCAGAGCAUUCGGGCAGCGACUCGGCAACGGAGGACAACACCACCGAUAAGGAGGACGAGACUAAAUCUGUCAGAGAGGAGAUGAAGUGCGAGACCCCGGGUGAUCCCUCUCCGGGUUGCAAAAGGCUCAGCCCCAAACCGGAUUCCCCGCUGGUCUCUCCAUCCAUAACGCCCUCCUCGUCCUCCGGCGGCCUGGCCAGCGCAGCUCCUCUCUCUCAGAGCCACUCUUACUCGUCCUCCCCCCUCAGCCUGUUUCGCCUACAGGAGCAGUUUCGCCAGCACAUGGCCGCCACCAACAACCUGGUGCCCUACCCGGCGGCUUUUGACCUCACCACCCCGUCGUCGCUCCCUUACCUGGGAGUGAACGUGAACAUGCCCCCUGCGCCUCUGGGAUCCCUGCCCUGCCAGUCCUACUACCAGUCUCUGUCCCAUCACGCCCAGCAGGUGUGGAGCAGCCCCCUGCUGCAGGCCUCAGCCGCAGGCGGACUCAGCAGCCACAAUAGCAAAACCACCAGCAUCGAGAACCUGCGUCUGAGGGCCAAGCAGCAUGCUGCCUCGCUGGGACUGGACACGCUGUCCAACUGAUGCUUUGGAGGGCGGUGUGUAUAAGGCGAGAAGCUCCACCUGCACCACACCUACACAUCCCGCUGUAUGUCUGUGUGACCGUUAUAGAUUUCUAGCACCCAUGCAGAGCUCCAGUAAGCCUGCCGGGAGAGUUCGGACCGAGGAAGAUCAAACCUAAAAUGGGUCAUUUGGGAUUUUUAGAACUGAGCUUUUGUUAAAAUGACAUAAGCAGUUAAUGUCCUUCUAGCAGAGGAUAACUCUCUAGUAGACAUGCACCAAUCAGUCAGUCAGAGUUGGAAAUCGGCUAAUUUUCCCUUGACUAGCUCUGAUCAGUGUUUGAUAUACAUAAUUUUUAUUCAAUAAAAAUAUGAAAACUAAGAAUUGUUUUGGCCUUUAACUGCAUGAAUGCACAACAUGUACUUUGAUGUACUUGUUUAAAGGUAGUUUUUAGGAGAAAAAAUUGGAAUCAGUCGAAAUCAGAACUUGUAUGUCAGACUUGGAAGAAAACCAGAAAUCAAUACUAGUCAAAAAGAAGUAUUUUUCUGCAUAUCUGCUCUCUUUAGUACAAAUCCAGGUUAGCUGAAGCCAACAGCUAUUCAAGCAGAGCCCUAGCAUCUUAAAACAGUUCUUUAUGAAAACACACAUUUGAACCUUUAAACAAUUCUCACAUAUGUUUUAAGCUGUUAUUCCUUCAGAAUAAUAAUCCCAUGUAAAUGAUCAAUUAAUGAUGAAUUAAUUAUUGAUUGAUUAUUUACAUGGAAAGUGGAGGGAGGAAGCUGUGUGUGAAACUCAUAGUAAGAACAGAAGACGUAAAGCAGAAUAGCCACCUAACAGGAAGUUAAGACAGAACUUGUAAAAUCCAUUAAAUAGAUUUUCCUUAAUUAUACAAUUAUUUUUCACUUUUGAAGCUGCUUUACUUUCGUUUUAGAUGGCCACGCUGAGCAGAAACACUUUACACGUUCCGGUCUCUGUGCGUGUGUCUCAGAGGAGCAUUAUUGGCGGCGCACCGCCUCCAGGCGCGUCCUCCCGCGUAGAUCAUGAUCAGCUUUAAUGUAAACAACUGCACAAAGCCGACUGGAUGACAGCUUGUAGGUUAAAGAGAUUCUUUCUUAUUAUCUGAGAAAUUGUGUUAUUUUUCAUUAAAUAGUUGCAUUUUAAAUGAUUCUUUUAAAGUAAUUAAACAAUUAAAUAAAAUAAAACAAUAAUUGCCUAGGUAGUUUUUUUUUCAACUUUAGUGAACUGAACUGAGCUUGGAAUUAAAUUAACAUUUAAAUAAGAUUUAAAACAUUCAUUAUAAUAAGAUCUAUAUCUUAUUAUAACCAAAAUAUGGUUAUAGAAAUGUUGUAUUAGUAGAACAGCACACCUCAGGAUUUUAAAAUGUUGUCUAGAAGAAACGGUGAGAAGACAGAGAGUCAUAGUGAGCUCCUUUAUGACUUCUGACAAGGUGUCAAUUGUCAGAGGAGCGCAUUUUUAUAACAUUCUCCUUUUAGCAAGACAUAAAACUCGUCUUGUUAUAACAAAAAACUUUUGGAACUAAUUGUAAAGAGAAAGUUUCUCGUUUCAAUGAGUAGAUUAAAUACUUUGAUAAAGCAGAGCUUUUGAUCUAGAUUUUUUAAUUGCAAAUCAUUUCAGAUUUCAUGAAACACGGAAAUCCCAUUAAAUGUCACAGUUUCCAAUUUGCAACAUAUUUAGCUUUUCCAACGAAAGACAAAGGAUUCUUUUGUGAUGCUUUUUGUGAUCAGUGUUGUCUUUAGGCUGCAGAGCUCUGUUUUGACCGUGCCUCCUGACAGACCAGCCGUUAGCUUCAGCCUCCAGUACCAACUAAUCUGGAUUUUUGCUAAAAAUGAGAUAAUCUAUGAUGCACAAAUUCACAUCAAAUAUCACCUCAUUUAUGGAAUUUAAACUCAGUAAACUACAGGUAAGAUAUUAACUGUUUCUAACCUCGCGGCAGAACCUCACUUCAAAAAUCCCAAACUGUCCACUUUGGUGAGAUGUUCAUGUCCUCGCACCUUUUGCUGCAGCCUGCUGUCCAAAAGUAAAUUGUCUGUAAAAAUACCAAUAAUAAUAAUACAACUUGUAUAAUACUGAACAUGCUGCACUAAGGGGCAACAGUCCAAGUGACAAGAAACACAUUUCACACUGACUUAUGAUGUGAAAUGUGGAUAUCCUGAACAAUUCUGAAAAGGAUUUAAACAACUGAUGGUGAAUGCACUCUGUUUCUGUGACGAUGUUUAGAAGAAUACUGUGAAUAAGUAAAAGCACUUUGGAAGGUACAGUAAACCAAUAGUGGCAAAAAAUGAUCCGCAAAGUGGCGGUGCACAAGUCCUGCAUGGCUCAACACGGUGAUGACAUCUAAACCCAGCAGCAUUGUUCAAAGCGACUCAUCUGCCAGUUAAAUGGGCGGUGAUGUGCUGCUUUCUGCAGACGCUGGCCUGAUAAUGAGAAAAUUAUUUCAGUGACUAAAUUUUAAGAGCUAUUAAUUACACUUGGCCCAGGACUGAGGGAGCUGGGGCAAAUGCAAUUAUAAGCAUGCAUACCAUUCUAAGCAGCUCACACUCUGGAAACCUCAAACAUGAUUUUUGCCAUGACUUCAGCGAUAUCCUGUGUAAAGAGAAAGAAGGAAAAACUCUCCUCCCUGUCAUAUUGUGUUGAAGCCACACUGACUGUAAGUACUUGAUUGGGGCUCUCAUGGCUUUCCUCCACUUUCAGUUCAUGUGUGCUGCGAGAUCUUUUCUUCAAAUGUAAAAAAAAAAAAGCACAUUAUUUUUUAAAUAUGAUAUACAUAAAAGGUCUAUCUAUUAAUGUUUAUUUGUAAGGUAAUGUAAAGCUCCUUCUCAUGAUGUAUAAUUGAUGGUGGACUUUGGCUGCCAGCUUUUAAGGUGAUAUUUGCUGAAAGUCAUUCAUAAACUAUACACAUCUUUACUUCUGGGAAUCAAUAAAAACACAUAAACAAAUACAAUGUUCAUGUGCAAUGGGUUUGGACGGAAAAGUAGCAAAAAAAAAAAGCAUAAUUAUGAAUAAGAUUUCAUAGCAUAAAUAAGCCAUGCCCCAUUGUGUCGCCCUGUAUGGACUCUGUCUGGGUUCUGUUGUCGUUUUUAUGCUGUCCUCUCGCCGUUCUGUCCAUCCUGCUGGUUUAAGUGAUGAAUAGAUUUCCGAUGGAGGAGAAGAGAAGGACACGAUCAUCUGCGUAGAUGUUUCUAUUGCUUCUCCCAAUUAUGUAGACUUGAACUAUUGUUGUUGUAAAGUAACUGCAAAUAAAAGCUU